UUCACAGUCAACCGAACACGCAUCUCAGGUACGAAAUCGCUCCGGCCUCCAUUCGUAUCAAAGAGUUUUAUCUCAUUAUUCAAGGCCGGUACACUCGACGAUUCUGAACGAAGAGCUAAGAAAGUGAAGCAGAACCUAACGCAUCUUCUAAUUGGUCCAAUUUGGCGUCACAAGUUCUUUGAAGCAAUCUCAUUGGGCUGUGCAAAAACAACCGCGGCGCGAAGGACGGCGCUGCUAGACCGAAGCAAGCUGAAGUCGUGGUAGCUACCAUCAUUGCUGCUCGAAGCCAACCUUCCGCAGUCCACAGCCCCAAAGUUUGAUCCUAUUAUAUGGAAAAUCAACACAGCUUUUUAGCCAAACUUAUGAAUGGAGCUAUUGCUGGAGUGGUCGGUGUUUCGUGUACCUUCCCUUUGGAUUUGUGUAAAACAAGAUUACAGGAUCAAAGGCAUCAUGGGGCUCAAAAGCACUACAAAAACCUAGCGGACUGUUUAUGGAAAGUGGCAAGAGCAGAGGGCGUAAGAGGUUUAUACAAAGGCAUGGGGGUAAAUUUGUUACUCAUAAACCCAGAAAAGGCAUUGAAACUUGCUGUAAACGACCAGCUAAGACAGAUGUAUGGUGGAAGAAGACACACCCUUCCCUUGAGCAAAGAGAUGAUCGCUGGUGGAGCUGCUGGGUUUUGUCAGGUGGUAAUUACUACACCGAUGGAAAUGCUCAAAAUACAGCUUCAGUUAGCUGGAUCACAGACAACAGCUCCCCGGAUAGCCAACACGACUACAACUGUAGCGGCGGCGAGCUCGAACCUUAGGACGUUCGGUACCAACUCAAGCACACCCCCCCAAUCCGCCCUAAGGAUAGCGCAUGACGUAAUGAGGAGCAAGGGCAUAGGUGGCAUUUACAGAGGACUUGGCGCUACAUUAUUAAGGGACGUGCCGUUUUCUUGCAUCUACUUUCCCCUGUUUGCCUAUCUCAGGCUUGAGUUUCAGGGAGGUGGGACGCACAGUCACGCCCCAGGACCACUACAAUCUUUGAUGGCGGGUUGCACAGCUGCUAUGAUAGGAAGUGCUGCUGUCACCCCAUUGGAUGUGAUAAAAACGAGGCUCCAGGUGAUAAGAACAGGAGGAGAGGCUGCGUACAACGGUCUGUGGGAUUGUGUUCGUAAAACCUACGUAAAUGAAGGAAUCAGCGCAUUUUAUAAAGGAGUAGUGCCCAGGAUGAUCGUUAUUGCACCGCUGUUUGGGAUUGCCCAGAUGGUGUACUUCUUCGGAGUGGCUGAAAAAAUAAUUGGAUUUGAAGUGGGAGAAAGAUGAACUAAAUGACUAUAAAAAGCUUUAAAUGGUCAUUGUAAAUAGAAGAAAAAUCACGAACCAGUUGGGGGCAUGGAUCAGCUUCAUGCUUGCCAAAAAAAAAAAAAAAGAAAAAAUGGAAAAAGAUUUCGUAUAAAGACUAAAGGCUCAAAGCUUUUUGCAAAUUCACUAGACUUCUGUCAAAGGCUUAAGGUAAUUUAACCAGUGUUUUUUACUGUGCAGUAUUGUAAUUGCCCUCUUGAAGAUGGUACGACACAGAUUUGUCCAAAAUACGCGACAAUGGUAAAGUGUAGCUGGUUUCUACAACUUGCAAAAGAGACAGAGAAAGCUUAAAACCGUCCAAUGAGAAUUUCCAGAGAACUUCAUAUGAAUAAUGUAACAGAUAUCUUUGACAGUCUAUAAAAUAGAAGUCAAGAUUAUUUCAUCUUAACAAGGUAAUAAGAUAAAAAUAAACGGAAGAAAAUGA